AUGCAAAAUGAGUGCUUGAAAAGAGCGGAAUUAAAGUUAUCAAGAGUCGGUACAUCUGAGAAUCUUCGGCAAACUUCGGAAGACAAUCGUAAAGAUUCGUUUAAUGCCUUCGGAUCACCAUGGAAAAUCUUCGUCCACAAGUCACCCAUUGCGCUUCUUUUCCUUUGCUUUACAGAUGCUGACGAAUGUGCCGACGGGUCACAUGAUUGUGACGUCAAUGCCGACUGUAACAAUACUGUGGGAUCCUACAUAUGCUCCUGCAAACCAACAUAUUUCGGAAACGGAAAAUACUGCACAAGUUUCCGUGGCCUCGGUUCAUCCGUUAUUCUUGCUGGUCUCGAUCGCAAAAAUUACACUGAGAAGCUGAUUUCCUUUUUGGACCCAGUCCUCCUGAGCUCACAGCGUAGUGGGUUUGUGCGGUGCUGGCAUGCCAAGACUGACGGCUCGGCUGCAUCGAUAUUCCACGACAACUGUGAUGGAAAAGGACCCACCGUAACCAUCUUUAAGUCCGGCAACUACAUAUUUGGUGCAUAUACCGACGUGUCCUGGCAUAGCACUCCUUGCGACUACUCUACAGCCAGCAAAGCUUUCAUCUUCUCGCUUUACAACAACAAAGGAUAUAACCCUGUUAAGCUGACCCAGUAUCAAAAUCAGGAAAAAGCAAUGUAUGGUUGUUCCAAUUACGGACCCACUUUUGGUUCUAAUAGCGGGGAUCACGACAUCUACAUAUCGGACAACGCUUUGAGCAACCAAAAUUCUUCUACCCGAUGUGGCUCUACGUACUCCGUCCCCCCCGGAUAUUCAGCUGGUGAUUGCAGGUUUUUCGUUGGUCCCGCAGGGGAUAAGUUCACUCCUACUAACAUUGAAGUGUUCUACGAAAUAGGGGACCUUGGUACAUCGGCCAUUAUUGGAAGCCUCGAUUUCGGCAAAUACUUGGGGAAGCUUAUUUCUUUUUUAGACCCAGUCGUCCCGGAUGCAUUCCGCAGUGAGUUUGUACGGUGCUGGCAUGCUAAGACUGACGGCUCGGCUGCAUCUACAUUCCACAACAACUGUGACGGAAGAGGACCUACAGUGACGAUCAUUAAGUCCGGUAGCUACAUAUUUGGUGGAUAUACGGAUCUGUCUUGGCAAAUCCCCCUCGGUUCCAUUCCUGAACUGCCUGCUGAAUCGUGCCAUGAAAUCAAGGCGAGUGAAGGAGGACAAGCCGUCAGUGGAACAUACUGGUUUUAUUCUAUUGUACCAGACAACGUUGCACUUGCAUACUGUGACAUGAAAACCGAAGGUACUUGCAGUUGGUCCACAGCCAGUAAAGCUUUCCUGUUCUCGCUUUACAACAAUGAUGGAUAUAAUCCUGUCAAGCUGACUCAGAAUCAAAAUCAACAACACGUAAUGUAUCACUGCUCCUACUAUGGACCCACUUUUGGUUAUGGCAGAGGCAUCUACAUAUCGGACAACGCUUUGAGCAACUCAAAUUCCUAUACACAGUGCGGCUAUACAUACUCCGUUCCUUCAGGAUAUUCAACUGCUAAAAGUAUUGUGACUGGUUGUCCAAACAUCCGCGUAGGGCUGCGAGAACUUAAUAUAGCAGCGCGACUCGCGUAA